AUGAAGAAGCGCACGGCAGACGGGAACGUAAAGGUUAAGUUGGAGUCGCCGGGAGUCGAUCGGCUUGGCGGCCUUCCCGACGACGUGCUUGGCCACAUCCUCGGCUUCCUUCCCACCCCGCUGGCGGUGCGCGCGGCCCAGUUAUCGCGUCGGUGGCGGCGCCUCUGGCCGGCGCACGUGCUCGCCCUCAACCUCUCCGUCCGGAACUGCACGAACCGCGGCGUCGGGGUCACGUUCCCCCGCCUCUGCACGGAGGCCCUCUCGCGGUUCCCGACGUUCGACAUCCCCUCCAUCUCCCUCGAGUUCGGCAGGCACGUCUACAUCGCCGAGGCCAACACGUGGUACCCGGAGGCCAUGGAGCGCGCGGCCGGGUCCGUGCGCGUCACGGUGCCACGGGGGGUGGUCCGGCUGGAGCUCCCGCGGUUCACGCGGGCGGAGACCCUCAACCUGACGCUGCACCACGGGGCCUAUCUCGAGCUCCCGCCGGCCGGGGACGAUCCGGUGCACUUCGACAGGCUGACGGAGCUGGUCCUCGCGACGGUGCGGCUGCCGGCCGGGACGCCGCCCUUGCACGAUUUCCUCUCGUCGUGCUUCCCACGGCUGCGGAGGCUGCGCCUGUGCCGACUGAGGGGCGGGGAGGCCACACGCGAGCUGGUCCUCCGCUCCGACGUCCUCGAGGCGCUCGACGUCGACAACGUCGACGACCUGACCAGGCUGGACGUGGCGGCGCCCAACCUGCGGUCGCUGAGCACCGAUGUGGUUGUCUCGGCGCCGAGGGUGGAGUCCAUCUGCUUGUACCGCAGCUACCCGAAGCGGCUCGUCUUCCGGGAGGACGGCACCCUGACGCGCGUCCGCCGGCUCUCCGGCCUCAAGCUCGCGACGCUCGGGCGAAGCGACCAGUUCGACUACCCUUACACCAAGCAGCUCCUGCAGGCCUGCUGCCUCACCACGGAAUACCUCGAGCUGGACUUGCUUCUGCCGGACGAGAUGACUCUCCUCAACUGGUUAGGCCCGGAGUCGUCUUCGUGCGAGGACCUGAUGACCUACGUCCCAAAGCUGCCUCGUGUCACCGUGCUCUCUCUCACGGUGCGGUGGGGGAUCCAUGCCAACGUCGGGCCGUGCCUGGCGUCCCUCCUCUCGCGUGUCCCGAGCGUAAAGACGCUCUACGUCGACUCCGCCCCAUACUGCAUCACCGUCUUGUUAGACGUAAAUUACACAUGA